AAGCGUUAUACAUGUUUACUUCCCACAUUGAAUUUUUUAUAGUGAAGAUGAAAUUUUUAUUCUGUUUGAAGAAUACCUUGUUUGAAAGAAGCUUUAGAAACUGAACGUGUGGGAGAAUCUAUUGGCAUUGCGAAGAUGAUGGAGGAUUUCUCUGGUCUCGCUCUGCCCCCUCUGUUCGGGGAACAUAUACUGGAAGCAGAGCUCGAACCCGGGGGAGUGGAGCUCGGACCAGGAGAAGUUGAGCUUGGCCCAGGGGGCGGUGAGCUCCUGGACAGCGUAGGACAGGGUUCGGGGCCUGGGCAGGAGGAGGACGAAGAGGUAGAGGAAGAGGAGAGGAAAGAACGAGAAAAAAGGAAGUACCUGGCGCUGAGCAAGAGAUGCAAGGAGAUUGAGCAAGUGAAUGAGAGGAUACUUGGUCGCCUUCACCAGGUCCAGAGAAUUACACGUCGUUUAAAGAGAGAGAGAAGGUUUUUAAUGAAGACCCUCAGCUCUUAUGGAGAUGAUUACAGAAGUGCUCAUCUCACUAUUCUACUUGAGGAUGAGGCCGGAGGGCCAGCAGAUUCUUCCCUUGGAGCAGAUGAUGACAGGCCAAAUGGCAUGCCUGGUUCUUCACCCUUAGCUCCCCUGCAGUCAGCAGUCGGACCCAAAAAGAAGAGGCAUCGUGUUCCCAAGGAGAGGGAGCGAGACACACAGAUCGAAGCAGACCUGUCCAUAUUAACCGAAAACCAAUUCAGUGGAUUUCCCAGUCCGUCUGCUCUCUCGCAUUUGCCAAAUGCACACGGCACAUCUACUUUGUAGGACUUUUUGCAUGUACGGUACCAAUAGCUGUACCAGUUACUAGUUAUUAAUUUCAAAUACAACUCUAUUGCGGACUGAGCAUUUUACUGGUGAAUCAUCAGUUCAGUUCCAAGGGAGGAUAGCUUCUCUGCCUUUGAGAGUUGUGUAUCAUUUCAAUUACUGGAAGAAAAAAUGCUUGGAAAAUGGUAUUUAUGUUAACCACUAUGUAUAUUUUUCAAGCAUACAGUAAAUGUGUAUGCCAGUCAUUUGGAUUAAUUUUGUAUUUAAAGAAAGAUCCAUUUCAGUGAAAAGAUACCUUUUAAAAUUAUAUCGUUCAGAUGGGAUGUAACAUAUCGUACUGCAAUAAAGGGAGUUAAUUUGGUAAACCACAGGCAAGCAAAGAAAAAUGUACUAUGAAACAUUACAAUGAAAUUAAUAUUGCAUAUAUAUUGUGGGAUAGAAGAUUGUAAUGAUUUGUGGUUUAUAUUUAAAGGAUGUGGGAUACAAAGCCGAUACUUAAUGGUGAUUAAGUAAGGUACUUGUAUUGUUCCAAUAAAUAUCUAGUUGUAUUGAUGGCUAAGCUGUAAAAUUGUGAAAUAUGUGAGCCGCCUUUAAUAAGUGUCUGCUUAGUGAGGAAUUCCUGUACGAUGUAAAAAUUUUGUUAGAACAGUUACAUAUGAUAUGCCUGUAUCACCCUACAGUUGAUUAAAGUGGACUAGAGUAAUUGCUUCAUCAAAACAAACAGAAGCUGGCACAAGAAUGUCUGUGAUCCAUGAUCUUCCACGAUUUGUUAGUGUCCAAAGCUCUUGAAGAAUUUAUGGCAGUGAUGGGGCUAAAAAUGAAUAGCUAAAUGAUCACUUAUAAGGCAAGCCAUGGAGGGAACAACAGGAGUAGCGAAUACAGUGUCCUACUGAAACCUGGUUGAUGCACUAAAGAUAGCUGAUGUUAAAAUGUAGAAUGAGUGUGAGCUGACAAAGGGAAAUGAAGAGUGACACCCCAGCCAAUUUUUUUGUAAUUGCAAGUCAGCAUUUGCCCCCAGCUCUGUGUUUCCUCUGGGCCUUUUUGAGGUUCUCUGCAAAAUUUAUAGAGAUUGUUCAAGUGAUUUUUAAAUUGUUGCCUGUUUCUCUAACAGCCUUGUGAUGGACUGGCAUCCUGUCUUUGGUAUGACCUUUGAGGGAUUGAUUCUGGAUCACGGCAACAGUAAAUAGAUGAGGGGUUGUUGAACGAAAGGGGUAUUAAAAAGGGGAGUUUUUUUUUUUUUUUAAACUUGUUAACCUUAUGAAAGUAAACCUGUACUCACAGAGAAUAAAAUCUACUUUUCAGUUGUAUUUACA